GAUGGGAUAAGCACAAUGGUGGCACCAUAUAUAGUAUUCCAAUAGGUGGUUCAUUACAUAGACAACCUUUCACUAUUGGAGGUAGUGGAUCUUCGUUUAUAUAUGGUUACUGUGACGCUAACUUUAGGAAGAAUAUGACACAAGAUGAAGCCGUAGAGUUUGUGAAAAAUGCUGUCACCCUGGCCAUGUCACGAGAUGGAUCAUCAGGUGGAUGCGUUAGAGUCGCUAUUAUCACAGAGGACGGUGUAGAAAGGCGUUUCUUCCCGGGAAAUCAAUUGCCAGUGUUUUAUGAAGGAGAAAAUAAUGUAUUUUAA